UGUGGCAAACCAGUCUACUGCUAACCUCGAUUAACGCAACGACCAGCACCAACUAAUCAAUGUUUGUUUAGAAUUCAAACGUUAUCAAUAUUAUUAAGAACAUUCGCCAAAUCUCAUAGAUUAGAAAUUGGCUUUGUCAGAAAAUAUCGAAAAACCUCAAUAUCAAUUUGAAAAAAAAUUAAAUAACAACACCUACAAAAUGGCUGAAAUGGUGCAGAUGACCACAGAACAAUUGCAACAACUCAUCGAAGCUGUACGCUUGUCAGCUGCAAACAGCGCUGCCCAGGCUGCUGAAACUGUCCAAAACAAAUCCAAGGGAAGUUUCAGUAACUGCCCCUCCCGUUUCGGUGGCCAGCGUGAUCAUGAAGCCGUUGAAGAAUUCUUAACCUCAAUUGUAACCUACAAAGAAAUCGAAGGUAUCAGUGACGAGGAUGCCUUAAAGGGUGUCUCUUUGCUCUUCUAUGGCCUGGCAUCGACCUGGUGGCAGGGUGUUCGCAAGGAGGCCACAUCGUGGGAUGAUGUUUUGGCUUUGGUCCGUGACCAUUUCUCUCCCACCAAACCGGCCUAUCAAAUCUACGUGGAAAUUUUCGAAAAGAAACAAGAAGACUCCGUUGCCAUUGAUACUUUUGUGUGCCAGAAGCGAGCCCUGUUGGCUCAACUGCCUGAUGGUAGACAUGAUGAGGAGACUGAAAUCGAUUUGGUAUAUGGUCUCUUGAACAUUAAAUACCGCCAGAAUAUUGCCCGCCCUGACAUCACAACAUUCCGCGAUCUUUUGGAAAAGGGACGCAUCAUUGAGCAUAACUUAAUGGAAGGUGAGGCUGAACAAACGGGACCAGUACGUGGCUCUAGAGGCAUAAAACGUUGCACAUAUUGCAAUUUCCGUGGCCAUACCACGGACCAGUGUCGUAAACGCAAAUCGGAUGGAGAUAACUAGAGGUACAGCAAGGAGUGGAUCAACAGUAAUGUCAUACCAGUCCAGCGGAUGCAAUCAGUCCGAAAUUUUGAUCCCGGAGGAUUGGAAACACAUUACAUUUUAUAAGGAAAGAGGAGAGAAAUGUCUUUCCAUUUCAAUGAAGCUGGUUUAUAUUGACCUCUUUUGCCGGAAAUUCCCUUAAGAAAUCUCUUGGAUUCUUUCGAUUUUUGGCACCUCCCAAAUUAUUUUGUUUGGAGGAUUCCAUUUACAAUUUAGAAAUCAAAUAGGUUAAUAGAGCCAAUUUCAGAUAUUAAAACUGGCGUCGUUGCUAGGUUAAGGCAAUUUUUAAAUAGCCUUCCAAAAAAAGCUGGAUCUACAAAACCUGAAAACCAGUGAACUAUUUAAUUUGUAUACUAACAUUAAUUAAUAUUUAAUUCUUAUUAAAUAAAUUAUUUUUAUAUAAGACCAUAAUUAGUAACAGUAA